UCGGCUCAGUCUGCCAUUGGUCUGCGACAAGACAAGGAUAAUGUGUUACACCUAACAAAACAAAUUCUUUAAAAAUGUACACGAAACUAUUAUUUAUAUUUUUUCUUAUAAAAAAUAUCAAUUCUGCCAUCGUGAAUAAAAAUAAUACAUUGAAUAAAAACAAAUAUGAAUUUGAGACAAAAGCUGAGCUUCAGAAUGAUGUUGAUUUUGAGUUGUGUGGUGAUAAAAGGUGUAUUUAUAAGUGCUGCCCCAACAACGAAGUUCUUGAUGAUCAAAAUAUGUGCGUGGCUUAUGAAGUGAAUAAGGAUUUUUCGAAUAUACCCGUAUAUGACUAUUACAUCACGAAAAUACGAAAAAGGUUUUACGACGUGUUUAACACUGUACCCAAUAAAAUUGGAACUGAUGAGAAGUUUGCAAGCGAAUUAUACUCAGCUGAUUUUAUUAAUAAUAAUAAUUCUAUUUACUUGGAAGAAAAUGGAGUUCUUUACAUUGAAAAUCCAAAUGAAUGGAUAAGAUGGAUAACAAUAUCGAGCGAACAUUUUUGCAUGGAUUAUUCAUUGAUCAAUAAUACACUGAGUGAUGAACCGCAGUUCUGGAUAGACUACAGCGCUGAAGAGCCAUCUCGUGAAAUACACGGAGACUUUCUUAUUGUUUCUCUGUAUGUAUCAGCCGUAUUUCUUUUCCUGGUGUUACUUAUAUACGCUGCACUACCACAGCUUCAGAACUUAGUUGGGAAGAUAUUGAUGUCCUACGUUACAAGCUACAUUUGCUAUUUCAUUUUUAUUGCCAUAGUACUUGGAAAUGAUCACUCCGAAGAAACGUGUAUCGCGUUGUCUUUCUGCACAUAUUUCUCGAUAAUGGCGGUAUGUUGUUGGAUGAACGUGAUGUCACUGGAUAUUUGGUGGACUUUUAGAGGUUAUGCAAAAAAUCGUCAGAUUCAUCGACGUGGAGAAACUAAGAAAUUUAUUCGGUAUUGUUACUAUGGAUGGGGCCUACCUCUCUUUAUGGCUUCAUUUCUUAUGAUCAUUAAUGCAAUGGAUAUGAGAGAUGUACCCUGGUUUAUAACACCACACAUACCAAGUUCAGGGUGCUUCUUAAGAGAUAUACAACAACUAUUUUACAUGUAUAUUCCGAUGACGUUUUUCAUUUUUAUAAAUUGCGUCUUCUUUGUGAUGACCGCUUUGAAAAUUGUGGAAGCUAUGAAAGGGAGCGAAAUAUUGGGUAGCUCGGCAGCCCGAUCACAAAAGGAAAGAUUUUUGAUCUGCCUCAAACUGAUUGUGAUUAUGGGAAUUGGUUGGAUUUGGGAAGUGAUCAGCUUUCUAGCGCCGGCUAUGGAUAAGUUCGCUUUAUAUCUGGAUAUUUACAACGGACUGAUUGGCAUAUUUAUAUUCUUUAUAUUUGUUUGCAAAAGGAGCAUGUACAAGAAACUCAAAGAAAGAUAUGAAAGCAUUCGUUACGGCAGAUCUACUCCACAGAAUAGCCAAAGCGCUGCUGCUCAUAGUACAAGUCCAGCUAUACCGUUGCAUAGAUUAGAAAAAACUUCGCAACUCAAUAGAUCACAGUAUAAUUUUUAGGUUAAAUGAUUAAUGCCAAAGUUGUAUUUUAAAACAUAUAGUUAAUAUUUUGCUUUGUUGUUGUUUUAAGUUAACUUUUAAUUGAGAUUUUAACAUUUAUCUGUAAUUUACUUAAGUGCGUGCGUGCCAUUAUAAUUUUAAAGUUCUAGUCUUCAUCAUAAGUAUUUUAAUCGUGAUUGUAAACCAGAAAUCGAAAACCUUAAAAAGACUUGCUGGAAGAAACCUAAUUGGAAUUCUAGGAGUUCUAGAUAGCGAAGGCUUAGGUCAUCGUUUUAGGUUUGAGUUAUUUAAGAAAAUGUGUUUGAAUGCCAUUUUUGUAUGUUUACUGUUUAAUUAUAAUAUUAUUUAUAGAUAGAUAUGUGGACUCAGUAAUAAAAUGCAGAUUAAAUAUAAUAAUAAUCGUUUUUCAUUGAA